AAAAAAUUUAACUGAAAUGAUAGCCUUUAAAUAUCCCAAUUACCUUGCCAAGAAGUAAUGCUAUCCAGUGUGGCGACGCUGGACUGAAUCAAGGCAGGAUCACAAAAGCAGUUCGUACUGUCUAAAUUUAGACAAAGAAUGGCCACCAACUGUGUCAAGUUCCUAGCCAGAAGUAACUGUCCCCAAAUCAAUUUUGAUCAGCCCAAGUAUUUCUUUACUAUUUGCUGCACGGAACUACUUUUUUUCCGGGGGGAGGGGAGGAUUCAAGUGUCCUGAGUAUUCGAACAUCUUGCCAAAAUAUUUUGAUAUUUUUGAUGGAUUAGUUAGUGUGAAUUAUUUUUCUAUGAGCAUUUUUACUCAUAAAUGAAUCGUGAAUUUUAUUACAUUAUGUGUGUUUUCAAGGCAAAAUUCAUCCAUCAAUUGUUUAAAAAAAAUAAAUGAAUAAGAACAAAUAAUAAAGAAAUUUUUAUUCAAUUUUAUAAAAAGGACUUGUUCAUUUUGAACAAAAUUUCGUUAAACACGAACUGAAUAAAUCGGUACCCUACCGAGAUUCUGUGAACAAGAGACUACUUUAUAGAAUUGAAAACACUGGCGGUAACCCUGCGAUAUUUCCAUGUCAUGUUUCUUUUUUUUCUAAUUAUAUGAUGUUUGGCAAAUGGUGUAACAAAUUUUAAAAAUAGUUUUGGUUUAAUUCGGAAAUUAAAAAAUUAUACAACAUUGCUGAGUGCGAAAAUGUCAGCACGAAAAAUGGAAACAGAGGAAGUUGUUAAAGAACAUCAAGACGCAACGGAUUCGGUAACCAUAAUCGAAACUACACGUAAGAAGCAAAACCGACCUAAUUUAUUACAAAUCAUGAAGGAAGCCAUUACAAGGAUUAAUCCGCAAGGUGGUAUAACCCAAAAAGAAAUGGUAGCAUACAUAAAUGGAAAGUUGGGUUUGGAACCUACGGUCGCAAGACAAAAAAUUAAAAAAGUACUGAGAUCUAAUAACAGUAUAGUGCAGAAUUAUAACACGCGUUUAGUCAUUGGAAAUAAAGUUUGUUGCGACAUGGUACGUCCAAAGCCUUGCAUCAGAGGUGUCAAGUGGAGACCUAAGAUACCAAAGAUGUAUAAUCAGAAGAAAGCUCAUUCCCCGACCAGAAGAUAUGGAUCCCAUGGAGUCUGUCGAAGUUGUGAAAGGAAAAGGAGGUACAAUCAUUAUCGUCACCAUCAUCGUGCUGCAUCUGCGGCGCAUUUUAUGGAACAGCAAAAGAAACAUAGAAAAGGUUUCAGCCAAAGAACUAUGAGUUCCCGUCAUUGGUCUAGGUCUGUGCCAUCUGAACAUGCCCUAUUUCAAAGUACGCCAUAUGAAGCGCAUGAAGCUACCCAAUCUGAAGAGGGCCAAUCAGAAGAAAGAGAAAGUUCACACACUGAAGCAGCUGAAUCUAAAAGCGCAUCAUCCGAAAGCACGCCAUUUGAGUUUGAGCCAUAUGAUGUUUCGCAAUACGAAGAAUAGAUAAGUGGACAGAAUCAAUAUUGAGCACAAUUAAAUAUUCUCUUUUAAAAA